UAUAGAAGUAUGAUGAUAACUUGAAAAAUAAAAUAAAAAAUUAACCAAAUACUAUAUGUUUACAUAUUAAAGCUAACUUUAUCUUUAUCACUACUACACCUACCAAAACCAAAACAAUCCACCCAAACAAAAAAACUUCUAUAGGUAUAUUUGGAUGACUGGAGGAAGCUACAUAAGAAGGCUAAACUCCAGCUGAAGAAGUGCCAAGGUCCAGCUACAAUCUAUUGUCUAGUUACAAUAAUGUGAGGUACAACAACCAGAACCAAAAGUAUUUUAAAGUAAUUUAUGUAGUUAAAUUGAUACAGACAGAAGCGCCGGUGUAUAUACUUUGAAAAUCUUAUUGAAAUAUAUAUACAUAAACUUAGCAACCUAAUCUUCAACCAUUUUGCCAGAGUCAUAAAAAACAAUACCUAAAUCAAUAAGCAAAAGCUUAAGUUCGAUGAACUGCCAUGUGAGCAUAUGCACAUAAAUUGCAACAUGAAAAAAAUCAGAGAAAAGCUUUUGUGUGUAACUUAAAGAGACUCACUCACUCACUCAAUAAAUUGAUAUCUGACAAAGACGAUCUAAAGAAAAGAAAUUCAUAGAUAUGGGGUUGGAAGGAAGGACUAUCUUAGGAAAAAAGGAAAAGAUAUGGAUGACACCUUAUAUUAUAGACCACAGUAUAUAGCUGAGUGCUACUCGAUAACAUGGUUUAAUUUUAUUCUAAAAAAUAAACAACGCCCCAAAUUACAUGCGUGCCACAGAGCGUAGUUGCGUGCACGCGCUGUUCUGUGUGGGGGGGAUUGAGACGUAAGUGAGUGGUGGUGUUAGUGUAUGUAUUCUGGGAUGAGAAAUUGCACUACGCGCGGAGAGUGAGGAUCACGCGCCGAGCCCACAAGUAAUGAGUGGCGUCAUGUGAGUUUCAUAGAGGGUCCAUAAAAUUACAAAAACUAGAGAACAAAAGUCUUUAUGCUCUCUUCCCCUUCUUCUCUCUUUCUACUACUUAUUAUCAGAGCCUGAUAAUUGGAGAGAGAGAGGAGAAGAGUGUGUGGGAGAUAAAAUAAGGAGACAUUAGAAGAACCCAUUUCAGUUUUCACUUUCCAUAGGAAACCAAAGUAAGAGCCAAGAAAAAUAAAGGAGUAUAGUUUCUUUGAGAGAUAAAUGGAAGAGAUAUGUGAAGGAAGGAAGAAGAUGAUGAUAUGAAGAGAGAGAGAAAAAAAAAUAUAGAUAUAUAUAUAGAGAGAGAAGAGAAGCACAGUAAGUAAGAAGUCGUUAUUGCAUUUUCUCAUCCACUGCCCACUCUGCACUUUCUGCUGGCUGGACCCUUUCAGAAACUAAUUUUCUUUCUUUCUCUCUCUCACUCAAACCAAAACUUUUUCUUCCUGUGGAAAAAAGCCAAAGUGACAGUAGUAGUAGCCACAAUAGCAGCAGAAGAAGCAGAAACAGAAGAAGAAGCAGAGAAGUUGUUCGUUUUCCCUUCCUUUUCAGAGAGAGAAAAAUCCAAGUCCACUCCACUCAACUCCCCCUCCUCACCCCACCUCACCCUAACAACACAACAAGAUCUCCUCUCAACAACAAACUCCAUCAAAAGAGAAAAAAACUUCUCUCUUUUCUUUUCCUCCACCAACAAAAAAUUCUUUCCCUGCCACAAGACCCCACACCAAGAAGAAUAACACCCACAUUAGAUACACCCUCACACUAAUAAUAUAUAUACACCACCACUUAGACAAUAGAAGAUCUAUGCUUCUAUAGUUCUACAGUUAGUUCUGUCUAUCAACCUACAUACACUCCACUUUAUUUUUAUUUUUAUUAUUAUUAUUAACAGAAGAAAAAGCAAACUAUAUAUUGUGUUUAGUUUGUCUCUUGAUUUGAGAAGUAAUCAAGGAUUUUCAGUUGUGGCUACUACAAGGAGGUUACCUUCAGAUUCUGGUGCCUUUGCGGACUGGGCAGCGACAGCUUCCUCCGGUGCUGGUGGUGGUGGUGGCCGCGCUGUCCCCGUCGACGAGCUCUCCCUAGGCUUCAAUGCGGGUCCCGCUGCCGCCGCAGCCGCCACAGGACCCACCGCCGGAAUGUGGUCCACCCCAACUAGGUCAAUCAAUUACCCUGAAAUGGGGAUGUUCGUGGUGGCACCAGCUUCUUCCUUCCACCCUAAUCUCCACCACCACCACCACCACCAGCCGUCGCCGAACGACCCCGCCGUCAUGGUGGAUUCACUCAACCCCGCCACUGCACUCGGCGUCGGCGUCAUCCCCCUCCUCGCCCCGACGCCGUGCCACGAAUCCGACAACAACAUCCUCGGAAACAGGACACGUGGCGGUGGAAUUCAGUUUUGGCAAGACCAACAACAACAUAAUCAAGGCAACUACACGAAGAAGCCCCAGCAGGGUCUUCUCGACCAUAAUAGUAACACCAGUUCGGGGAAUUUGGUUCAGAACAGUGGCGGGGUAACUGCUUCUGGAACUAGUAGCGGAGGAACAACGUGCCAAGAUUGUGGAAACCAGGCAAAGAAAGAUUGUACCAAUAGAAGGUGCAGAACUUGUUGCAAAAGCCGAGGCUUUGAUUGCCCUACACAUGUUAAGAGCACUUGGGUUCCCGCCGCACGCCGGAGAGAGCGCCAGCUCAUGACGUCGGCCACCGUGGCGCCGGUUGCCGGCUCUAGUGGCUCCACUUCCGGCACUAAAAAACCUAGGCUCAUUGCUUCACAAACCACAACAACCUCUCACACAUCCACUUCUAACACCACCCCUCCUAGAAGCUUUGACACUAGCUCUAGCCAUCAAGAUGCGGGGUUCAAAGAGUCAUUACCGGGGCAAGUACGUGCACCAGCGGUUUUCAAGUGUGUAAGAGUGACGGCGGUGGAGGAUGGGCAAGAUGAGUAUGCGUAUCAGGCUGUGGUGAAGAUUGGUGGCCACGAAUUCAAAGGGUUUCUCUAUGAUCAAGGUGCGGAGAAUAGGGAUGUGUAUCCUAACCUAUCUGAGUUGCAUUUGGGUGGUGGGAAUGGUGGAAGUGGUGGUGCGGGAAGAAAUGGGGUUUCAUCUUCCUCUCCAAUGAUGGAUCCUAAUGAUGUUUAUGCAGCUUCGGGUGGAGGGUUAUUAGGGGGUUCUUCAGCAUAUGGUAAUCCAAUGAAUUGAACUGAAAGUGUGUCUUUCCGAGUGCAAGAUAUUAGUAGAUGGGCUUGGAGAGGCUGAUGACGUACCUUGUAGUUUAAAAAUCUUUAAAUUUUCUUCUAGGCUUUGUAUCUUUAUUGCAUAUGUCACUCUUUUCUUUCUGCCAUUUUUCAACUUGAUUUUAGUUUCUAUUUUUUCUCUCGCCCCAAUCUGGCCCUUGUCAUUGCAUGAGAUCAUCAGUGACAAGGAAGCAUCACUAUCUUCUAACUGUUAAAGAAAUAGUUUCUUAUGUACUAAAAUUAUUAACUCAAAAUGGAAAGCAAAGGUGGAUAAAUCUUAUUUUA